UCCCGGAUCGUGUGCUCUCCAACCGCGUGGACCAUGGCGGGGGCCCAGAGCCUCCUCCCGCUCUGCCUCCUCGCCUUCUGCCUGGUGGGCUCCAGUGUUAUCAGGGGGCAGAAGGUGCGGUCCAAACGCUGCGAUGUGAAGACCAAGUUUGUCACUCACACACCUUGUACCACGUGUGCAGCCAUCAAGAAAGUGGUUUGUCCCUUGGGCUGGCUUCGGCAUUUCCCAGAGAAGAUAACCAAGGACUGCCAAUAUGAGGUACAGCUGGGGGCCUCUUUGGUGUCCUUGAGCGGCUGCAGCUUGGAGUGCUCCAAGGAUGUAGUUCAGAAGGCCUGCUGUCCUGGAUACUGGGGGUCCCUGUGCUAUGAGUGCCCUGGAGGUGCUGAGACCCCAUGCAAUGGCCACGGAACCUGCCUGGACGGCAUAUCUGGAAACGGGACCUGCGUGUGCCAGGAGAACUUCAGCGGCUCAGCCUGCCAGGAGUGUCAAGAUCCCCAGCGGUUUGGGCCUGACUGUCAAUCAGUGUGUAGCUGUGUGCAUGGCGUGUGCAGCCAUGGGCCGCAGGGUGACGGAAGCUGCCUGUGCUUUGCUGGAUACACUGGUCCCCGCUGUGACCAAGAGCUCCGUGUCUGCAAGGAACGGAGCUGCCCCCAGAACUCCCAGUGCUCUGCAGAGGCCCCUGGCUGCAGAUGCCUGCCUGGCCACACUCUGCAGGACUCCAAAUGCAUAGCUCCCAACCCUUGUCAGUCAUCACCCUGCUCUCCACUGGCUAGCUGCUCAGUGAGCCCCACAGGGCAGGCCCAGUGUCACUGCCCUGAGAACUACCAUGGUGAUGGGAAGAUAUGUCUGCCCCACGACCCAUGCACCAACAACUUUGGUGGCUGCCCCAGCAAUUCUACCGUGUGUAUAUACCAGAAGCCAGGAACGGCUGUCUGUUCAUGUCAGCCAGGCCUGUUCCGCUUCAACAGCAAUACCUCUGCAGGCUGCUUCGCCUACUGCUCCCGUCACUCCUGUGACCAGUCGGCCACCUGCCAGGUGACCCCCAAUGGGAAGACCAGAUGUGUGUGCAAGGAGGGCGAGGUGGGGGAUGGGCGUGCCUGCUACGGACACCUGCUCCACGAGGUGCAGAAAGCCCACCAGAUAGGCUUGGUGUUCCUGAAACUGAGAGUCGCCAUCUCCAUGUUCGAGCAGGGCUGCCAGGAUAUCCUCACCACAUCUGGCCCAUUCACUGUGCUGGUACCGUCCAUUUCCAGCUCCACCGGCUCCUCCAAGACCAUGAACGCAGCACUUGCCCAGCAGCUCUGCAGACAGCACAUCAUUGCAGGGCAGCACAUACUGGAGGACACAAAGUCCCCAAGUAUACGUAGGUGGUGGACGCUGGCUGGGCAGGAGAUCACCGUCACCUUCAACCGUAUAAGAUACACCUAUACGUACAAAGACCAGCCCCAGCAAACAUUCAUCAUCCAAAAGACCAACUACAUAGCAGCCAACGGCAUCUUCCAUGUGGUCACUGCUCUACAGUGGCAGGUGUCACCCAAGCUCCCUGGGGACCCCAAGAAAACCGUUGGCCAGAUCCUUGCCUCUACUGAGGACUUCAGCCGCUUUGAAACCAUUCUGGAGAACUGUGGGCUGCCCUCCAUCUUGGAGGGGCCUGGGCCCUUCACGGUCUUUGCCCCAAGCAACGAGGCUGUGGACAGCUUGCGUGAUGGCCGUCUGAUCUACCUCUUCACAGGGGGCCUCUCCAAGCUGCAGGAGCUGGUGAAGUACCACAUCUACAGCCAUGGGCAGCUGACUGUGGAGAAGCUCAUCUCCAAGGGGCGGGUCCUCACUAUGGCAAACCAGAUCCUGGCUGUGAAUAUCUCCGAAGAGGGGCGCAUUCUCUUGGGACCCAAUGGGAUCCCUCUGCGGAGAGUGGACGUGCCGGCUGCCAACGGGGUGAUCCACAUGCUGGAGGGUAUCCUGCUGCCCCCAACCAUCCUGCCCAUCCUGCCCAAGCACUGUGACGAGGAGCAGCACAAGAUUGUGAUGUGCAGUGAUGGAAUCCAGGGCCAUGGGGCUUGCCUCUGCUUCCCAGACUACAAGGGCAUUGCCUGCCAUAUAUGCUCCAACCCCAACAAGCAUGGAGACCAGUGCCAGGAAGACUGUGGCUGUGUCCAUGGUCUGUGUGACAACCGUCCGGGCAGCGGGGGGGUGUGCCAGCAUGGCACGUGUGCCCCAGGCUUUAGAGGCCGCUUCUGUAACGAGUCCCUGGGUGGCUGUGGAACCACAGGGGUGGCCCAGCUCUGCCACCUGCAUGCCCGCUGCCUCAGCCUGGAAGGUGUUCCGAGGUGUGUCUGCCUUGAUGGCUUUGAAGGUGAUGGCUACUCCUGCACACGCAGCAACCCCUGCGCUCAUCCAGACCGUGGCGGCUGCUCAGAGAACGCUGAGUGUGUCCCUGGGGACCUGGGAAGCCACCACUGCACCUGUCAUAAAGGCUGGAGUGGGGAUGGUCGUGUGUGUGUGGCCAUCGAUGAAUGUGGGCUGGACACUCGAGGUGGCUGUCAUGCCGAUGCCCUGUGCAGCUAUGUGGGCCCUGGGCAGAGCCGGUGUACCUGUAAGCUGGGCUUUGCUGGAGAUGGCUACGAGUGCAGCCCCAUUGACCCUUGCCGAGUGGGAAACGGUGGCUGCCAUGGCCUGGCCACCUGCCAGGCAGUUGGGGGAGGUCAACGGAUCUGCACCUGCCCCCCUCGUUUUGGGGGGGAUGGCUUCAGUUGCUAUGGUGACAUCUUCCGAGAGCUGGAAGCCAAUGCUCACUUCUCCGCCUUCUUCCAGUGGUUCAAGAGCACUGGCAUCACGCUUCCCGCUGAUAGCAACGUCACAGCCCUGGUGCCCUCCGAGUCUGCCAUCCGCAGGCUAAGCCCUAAGGACCGGGCCUUCUGGCUGCAGCCAAAAAUGCUGCCAACCCUGAUCAGGGCCCAUUUUCUCCAGGGUGCCUUCUCUGAGGAGGAUCUGGCCCAAAUGAGCGGACAGAAAGUGGCUACUCUGAGCUCUACCACACGUUGGGAGAUUCACAACAUCAGUGGGAGGGUUUGGGUUCAGAAUGCUAGUGUGGAUGUAGCUGAUCUCCUGGCCACCAAUGGCGUCCUGCAUAUCAUCAGCCAGGUCUUGCUACCUCCACAAGGGGACGUGCUGGCCAGGAAGGGGUUACUGCAGCAGUUGGACCUGGUACCUGCCUUCCAUCUUUUCCGGGAUCUGUUGCAGCGCCACAAACUGGUGUCCCAGAUUGAGGCUGCCGCUGCCUAUACCAUCUUUAUACCCACAAACCACUCCCUGGAGGCUCAAGGCAACAGCAGCAGCCUGGAUGCAGACACAGUUCGACACCACGUGAUCCUGGGGGAAGCACUUUCUGUGGAAACCCUAAGCAAGGGGGGACACCGAAACUCCCUCCUGGGCACUGCCCACUGGCUCGUCUUCUACAACCACAGCAGCCAGCCUGAGGUGAACCAUGUGCCAAUGGAAGGCCCCUUGCUAGAGGCCCCUGGCCAGUCAUUGUUCGGCCUGUCAGGGAUCCUGACAGUGGGCUCAAGCCGCUGUCUACACAGCCAUGCAGAGGCUCUGAGGGAGAAAUGCAUAAACUGCACCCGGAAAUUCCGUUGCACGCAAGGCUUCCAGCUGCAGGACACCCCCAGGAAGAGCUGUGUCUACAGAUCUGGCUUCUCCUUCUCCCGGGGAUGUUCUUAUACCUGUGCCAAGAAGAUCCAGGUACCUGAUUGCUGCCCUGGCUUCUUUGGCAUGCUGUGUGAGCCAUGCCCUGGAGGCCUGGGGGGCGUGUGCUCCGGCCAUGGGCAGUGUCAGGACAGGCUGCUGGGCAGUGGGGAAUGCCGCUGCCAGGAGGGCUUCCACGGAACAGCUUGCGAGAUGUGUGAGCUGGGCCGCUAUGGGCCCACCUGUGCUGGAGUGUGUGACUGUGUCCAUGGGCUGUGCCAGGAGGGGCUGCGAGGGGACGGAAGCUGUGUCUGUAACGUGGGCUGGCAGGGUCUUCGCUGUGACCAGAAAAUCACUGCCCCUCAGUGUCCUAAGACGUGUGACUCCAAUGCCAACUGCGUACAGGUGUCAGAUGGAGCUGUGGUCUGUGUCUGUGCGGCAGGAUACACAGGAAAUGGCAGCUACUGUUCAGAGGUGGACCCCUGUGCCCAUGACCAUGGGGGCUGCUCCCCCCACGCCAACUGCACCAAGGUGGCCCCAGGACAGCGGAUAUGCACUUGCCAGGAUGGCUACUCAGGAGAUGGGGAGCUGUGCCAGGAAACAAACAGCUGCCUUGUCCAUCACGGGGGCUGUCACAUUCAUGCCGAAUGCAUCCCCACAGGCCCCCAGCAGGUCUCCUGCAGUUGCCGGGAGGGCUACAGCGGAGAUGGCAUCCAGGCCUGUGAACUUCUGAACCCCUGUUCCCAGAACAAUGGGGGCUGCAGCCCUUACGCUGUGUGCAAAAGCUCAGGGGAUGGCCAGAGGACAUGCACUUGUGACACAGCCCACACUGUGGGAGAUGGAUUCACCUGCCGCACCCGAGUUGGUCUGGAGCUCCUACGAGACAAGCAGGCCUUAUUCUUCAGCCUCCACCUCCUGGAAUACGAAGAUCUCAAGGGUGAUGGGCCUUUUACAAUCUUUGUGCCACAUGCAGAUCUAAUGACCAAUCUGUCAAAGGAUGAUCUGGCUCAGAUUCGAGCACAUCGCCAGCUUGUGUUUCGCUACCAUGUGGUUGGCUGCCGGCAGCUGAGUAGCCAGGAGCUCCUGGACCAGGGAUAUGCCACAGCACUCUCUGGGCACACACUACGGUUCAGUGAGAGGGAGGGCAGCAUAUACCUCAAUGACUUUGCACGGGUGGUGAGCAGCGACCAUGAGGCAGUGAACGGUGUCUUGCACUUCAUUGACCGUGUCCUGUUGCCACCAGAUGUGCUACACUGGGAGGCUGAUGCUACCCCCACCCCUCGGAGAAAUGUCACUGUGGCUGCUGAGAGCUUCGGAUACAAGAUCUUCAGCCGCCUUGUGACGGUGGCUGGCCUCCUGCCAAUGCUUCGAGAUGUGUCCCACAGGCCCCUGACAAUGCUGUGGCCCACAGAUUCUGCCCUGCAAGCCCUGCCUCCUGAUCGGCAGGCCUGGCUGUACCACGAGGACCACCGUGACAAGCUGGCAGCCAUUCUGCGGGGCCACAUAAUCCGCAAUGUUGAGGCCUUGGCAUCUGAUCUGCCCAACCUGGGCCCACUCCGAACAAUGCAUGGGACUCCCAUCUCCUUCUCCUGCAGCCGUGCCCGGCCAGGUGAGCUCAUGGUGGGUGAGGACGAUGCCCACAUUGUUCAGCGGCACUUGCCCUUUGAAGGUGGUCUGGCCUAUGGUAUUGACCAGCUGCUAGAGCCACCUGGCCUUGGUUCCCGAUGUGAUCACUUUGCGACCCAGUCGUUGCAAAUGAAGACUUGCAGUAUCUGUGGGCUGGAGCUACCCUGUCCCGUGGGCUCAUGGGAGCAGGGCACCCCUGAGGCGUGCUGGCGCCACUACUCCAGGUUCUGGACAACCCCAUUGCUGAGCUCCUUGGCACUUCGUAGCGCCUGGGUGCGGCCCAGCCCCUGGGGACAGACCCCACGCCUGAGCAGGGGCUGCUACCGCAAUUGUGUCACCACCGUCUGGAAGCCCAGAUGCUGCCCUGGUCAUUAUGGCAGUGAGUGCCAAGCUUGCCCUGGCGGCCCCAGCAGCCCGUGUAGCAGCCACGGCGUGUGCAUGGAUGGCAUGAGUGGCAGCGGACAGUGUGUGUGCCAUUCAGGUUUUGCUGGGAUAGCCUGUGAACUCUGUGCUCCUGGUGCUUUUGGCCCCCAGUGUCAAGCCUGCCGCUGCGGCCCCCACGGCCACUGCGACGAGGGGCUCGGGGGGUCUGGCUCCUGCUGGUGUGAUGAAGGCUGGACUGGGUCACGCUGUGAAGUACAGCUGGAGCUGCAGCCUGUGUGUGUCCCGCCCUGUGCACCCCAGGCUGUGUGUCGUGGGAACAACAGCUGCGAGUGCAGCCUGGGCUAUGAAGGCGAUGGCCGUGUGUGCACAGUGGUGGAUCUAUGCCAGCACGGGCACGGUGGCUGCAGUGAGCAUGCCAAUUGCAGUCAAGUAGGCACAGUAGUGGCUUGUGUCUGCCUGUCUGACUACGAGGGUGAUGGCUGGAGUUGCCGGGCUCGCAACCCGUGUCUGGAUGGCCACCGCGGGGGAUGCAGCGAACACGCAGAUUGCCUGAACACUGGCCCGAACACACGGCGCUGCGAAUGCCACGCGGGUUAUGUGGGCGAUGGACUGUUAUGUCUGGAGGAGCCCGAGCCGCCCGUAGACCGCUGCCUGGGCCAUCCAUCACCCUGCCAUGCAGAUGCUGUGUGCACUGACCUACAUUUCCAGGAAAAGAAGGCUGGUGUCUUCCACCUUCAGGCCAGCAGCGGCCCCUAUGGUCUGACCUUCUCAGAGGCUGAGGUGGCUUGUGGGGCCCAGGGAGCUGUCCUGGCCUCACUCUCUCAGCUCUCUGCUGCCCAGCAGCUGGGCUUCCACCUCUGCCUCGUGGGAUGGCUGGCCAAUGCUUCUGCUGCCCACCCUGUUGUCUUCCCAGCGGCGGACUGUGGUGAUGGUCGGGUGGGUGUGGUCAGCAUGGGUGUACGUAAGAAUCUCUCGGAGCACUGGGAUGCCUACUGCUACCGUGUGCAAGAUGUGACUUGCAGAUGUCAGGUCGGCUUUGUGGGCGAUGGGAUCAGUGUGUGCAAUGGGAAGCUGCUGGAUGUACUGGCUGCUACUGCCAACUUCUCCACCUUCUAUGGGAUGUUGCUGGGCUAUGCCAACACCACGCAGCGAGGGCUUGAUUUCUUGGACUUCCUGAAUGAUGAGCUCACCUACAAGACACUCUUUGUCCCUGUCAAUGAAGGCUUUGCGCACAAUAUGACGCUGACUGGUCCAGACCUGGAGCUGCAUGCGUCCAAUGCUACCUUCCUGAGUGCCAAUGCCAGCCAAGGGACCUUGCUCCCUGCCCACUCAGGUCUCAGCCUCUUCAUAAAUGACAUGGGCUCUGACAACAGUUCUUGGGCCCCUGCGACUCCUGGGGCAGUUGUGGUCAGCCAUGUCAUCUUUUGGGACAUCAUGGCCUUCAAUGGCAUCAUUCAUGUUUUGGCCAGUCCCCUCUUGGCACCCCUCCAGCCUGAGGCAGUAUUGGCGCCCGAGGCACCGUCCGUGGCAGCAGGGGUGGGAGCAGUGGUAGCUGCUGGAACGCUGCUCGGGCUUGUGGCUGGGGCCUUCUACCUGCGCACCCGAGGGAAGCCCACAGGCUUUAGCUUCUCUGCCUUUCAGGCAGAAGAUGAUGCUGAUGAAGACUUCUCUCCUUGGCAAGAAGGGCCCACCAGCCCAACCCUGGUCUCUGUCCCCAACCCCAUCUUUGGUAGCCAUGAUGCCUUUUGUGAGCCCUUUGAUGACUCACUCCUGGAGGAUGACUUCCCUGACACCCAGAGGAUCCUUGCAGUCAAAUGAGGGCUGAGAGCUGAAGCAGAGGCACAUGGCUGAAGGAGACCAUUUUAUUGCUUGUCUGGAUAGCUUCCCGAGGUGGAUGGUGUAGGAAGGACUGGGGGUUUGUCCGAGACAAUAAAGGCACCCUCAGCGGAUGUGUGCCAUGUCUCCCA